AUGGCAUCACAACCUGUAAGCUACUAUCUCCGCGCCAUUCCGUCUUCUACGUUUGCUCACAUUGGGCACUUUGCAGCAUUUUCGGUCAUGACCAUCCUAUAUUUUUUCAUUCAACUGUCCAUAAUCAUUGCAGCGGUGGACAGGGGCAAUGCAACGAUCAACAGCCUUGGGGAACUGCUCGGCGUGGCCGGCAUGGGCACAGGGAACACCUUCACAUUCGUUGAUGGGAAGAAUCUCAGACUAUGCUCUCAGGGCAUUGCUCGCGCAACAUCGGACUGUCCAGUCGUCUUCCCAGCCCAGGGUGAGACGCCAAUUAUCCCUGCGUCCAACGAGCCCAGUUUUCAAAUCCAACCCGCUAAACGGGACGAGUCUCGACUAGUUCCCGUACUAAAUGGCGAUAACCUCACGUCUCUCCUCAUCGUCGAGGCAAACGACGUGAUCACGUUGACACCCACCUGCUUGCACACUCUCCAGUGGUCAUUCCAAACCGUUGUUCAGAUAUGGAAAUCAGACAUUGUGACGGCUUCGUAUCAAGCGCUGCUUUUGCUUCUGUCAGUUGCCGCAAUAUUUGCAGAGUCAAUCCCGCUCGCAUGGUCGUCUUUGAUGAUGCAUGUCCUGGCUCUUGUAUGGAGCGUCUUGCGGCUUGGCUUUUCCAUCUCGUUCAAGUCUGAUUACACCGACAUUGUGACUUCCGCCAGCGGUGCUUGUGGCGGAUUUGACCCCUUGCAAGGCUACUUCAAGUUGCGUGGGGCAUUUGAGAUUGCCCUUGUCAUACUCGAUGUUGCCACUCUGCUACUGGCCUCGUUCCUGACCUGGCGACUUGCGAUGCAAUAUGGCCUCACCUUCUUCAAACAGCUAGCGGCCCCAAAGCAGGUUCGAAGCGGAUAUCUGAUGGCGCUCCUCUUGUUCGCCGUUAUACCGUUGGCCACCUUUUUCCAUAUAGCCAGCACCGCACUUUGGCUUGAAGAGAUUAUGACCCAUUUCAUGGGAGCCAAGCCCUCUCAUAUCAAUCUGAACAUUGCUCUGAAUACUCUCUCCGCUGUCCUAGUCAUACCUUGGCUUGGAUUGGCAUUCGUUGGAGUUCGAAGAGAGUCAAAGAUUCUAAUGGGAGGAUUCCUUGUUGGAUCGGCACUCUAUCUGAUUGGAUUUGGGGUCAUGCUCAAGAGUAUGACGUUUCAGCGAUCUCUGAGGCACUGGCCACUCCUCACUGCCAUGUUCACACUCACGAUUCUUCUUGCCUUUGCUACGAUCGCAAUCGCGAUUAUCUGCAUGUCCAAUUUUGGCAGCGGUCUUUCUGCCCAAAUGGCCUUACAACAUGCAGCUGAUUCAGAGGAAGGGGCGCCGAUCAAUGAGAAACCAGACCUGGAGAAGUUGACCCUCCCCAUUUCUGGCGACUUUGUGGUGACGUUUCCCGAUCAAGAUCGUCUGGAGAAUCUACCAAAACGAUCGGACAGUCUGUCUUCGACCUCCUCGGCGUCUUCCAAGAAAACUGGUCGAGUGUCGUUUGCACAGUUGGUUCGUGGCUCUCGUGUCCCGAUCGUAGCGGCUUUGCCUGGUGCUGUCAAGAUUGCCCCACCGCCAACUGCUGCCAAAAGCACUCUCUCGCCUUCCAACUCUAUCAGAACGAUCGCCAAGUCGUCCUGGAAGUAUGCUCAGGAUCAACCGUUCUGGGGCAAGAGCAAACGCUCCGUCUCUACCAUCUCGGCUGCAUCCUUUGGGCACAUGGACGCCAGCAAGCUCGAUGGUAGCUACAUACAGCCAGGUCAACUAUCGCAAGCCGGCUCGGAGGAACCGAUUAUUAGUGCCGAAGCAACGAUUUCGCCAACGGCCAGACCCAUGACGCCCUCAGAGCGACUGGCAGCCAAGCGUACUGAGUUGGGUGGACGCCCGAAAGUCGGGUUGCCAGCCACUCCUUCGGCCAAUCUGGUUGCGCCCAUUCGCUACCAAACACCGAGAGUAGAUUCAAUGGGUAGCCUCGGCACGGAGCCAACCCCUAAACACCGACUCUUCCUUGUCAAUGCCAAUGAUUCAUGA